UACCAGAGAAAAAACGUUGAAACGUAUUCUGCGAAACGGGUAUGCAGGACUGUACGAUACGGAUAUCGGUUUCUAUUAGGAGCAAAUGCCAAAACCGAUAUUCGUUUUGUAAGCUACGGAUUUUUUUAGAGAGUAGUGCACAUCCACGUCUGGGGCUAUCGUGAUUCAGUUAGUAGUGUUAGGAUAGACCGAUCCAUUUCCAAACUCUGUCACGAACAUGAGAUGUGGUACGGAUAUGUGGUACUCAUUUCUUGUCACUAAUAGGCAAAAUCGAACGAACUUGUUGUGUACCUAAUGGCGAUUCUUCUCUGUUCUAGUCCAUUGGUAAUUGCCUGCAUUUUUUUAUGGUGUUUAUAAUUGAAGAACAAAUUAGAGACAAUACGCAAAAUGACUGGACUGAACUUAACCGAAUGUGGCGCAUAUGUUGGAAAUUGUGACAUAUUCUGCGACACUUGCAACACGUUUUUUACAUUGAGACUGCGACACAUUCCACUGAGUAUUCCUACCAUAGAGAAAACAGUCGAAAUUAAGUAUUUUUGGUCUCUUGUUCGAUUUUGAGAAUUAUUUUAAGUUCGUUUUGAGUGCACUGCAUAACGUCGACAAGUUCAAUCUGUCUGUGUCAUAGGUCUUCAAGAUACUUAUUUUUUGAGAUCUGGAAUUGAUAGUGUAGUCAAGGCAUCGGAUUGCUUCUUGAUCGUCAGAGAAAAAAUAUUUAACGUAAAAAAGACGUUAAAAAGGCUUAGAGAGGAAUCUCCAUCCACGAAUAAUAUGAAUUGGAAAUUAGAAGAACUUGAAAGCCCGAAAAUGUUGUUAUCUUUUACAUAGUGACGCCAUCUACAGCUCGUCAAAAUUGAAGAGAAACCGAGAAAAAUCCUAAUGAAGGCUGUUGAGGAUAGUAAAAUAUAAAAUUUGGCAACCUUUUGAUCAGCGUUAGCUCCUGAAAUGGCUUCAAGAACUGUUUUGAAGAGUUCUUAAUAACGACAACACAAACAUGCAACACAUUUUAAUUUUUACUGUGUAGUUUCUCAUUUAUACGAAAAAUCUUGCUGUUUGAUUUACAUAGCGUUUUUCUGAUCAAAGAUCUCGCAUCCAUAGCAAAACACAAUAACAAACUGACGCAGUGAAUCUGUUCUAAUAAUACUACGAUACACAGGAAAAAAAUGGCCUCAUUGAGAAACGCUGUAUUAAUUAAGAGCUGGUUUUUCACCUCACGACUUAAGUAGUUCAGUCUACCAUUGAGAUAUAAAUUCUUUUUUCGUGAUGCUCUAUCAUGGAUUAUUUUAUAUAAAAACUUUGUAAUUUAUAUACUAAUCGGGUUAUUAACAAGAAGGCUGAUUAAGACUUUGAAUUUAACGUGAAAAUUACAAGUUAUUCAAAAACAGAAAUCGUCUUCUUUCGUUUGCUCCACAUAUGGAUCUUAGACUUUUCAUUCUUUGAAAGAACCAAAAUCUGUUCCGUUUUACUGUUUUACUUCUUUCUACAUUCGAUCUUUUAAUUCGCAUUGCUUAUGAUUACAAACGGCUGAAGUAGUUUUCUUAUAUUGCACAUAUACAGUAUAAGUAUUUUCUGAUAACUAUUCUUGUAAUGUUCACGUUAAAUUCAAAGUCUUAAUCAGCCUUCUUGUUAAUAACCCAAUUAGUAUAUAAAUUAUGAAGUUUUUAUAUAAAAUAAUCCAUGAUACAGCAUCUCGAAAAAAAGAAUUUAUAUUUCACCACAAAACCACCUUGACCUACAAUGAUCAUUACAAAUCUCAUUCUGCUUGAACCUUAUGACUUCAAAAGGCUAACUAUAAUUUUAACUAUAAUUUUUUACUUUAAUUAUGUUAAUAACAAACUAUUAAUCUGACAUUAAAGUGUAGAUUUGUGAUCAAAGAUUCUGUCUGACAGCAAUCGUAUCGAGUCCAUCAUGCAUUUUCCUUAUCUGACAACUUCUUUUAUCUGCUCUCUUUUAAUUCAUAUUAUAAACCAUUGACUCUGUUUGAUCAUGAAAUACGAGGAAAUCCUGCUUUCAAAGGCUCUGUGUCAGAAAAGUCAAUUUUGAGAUUUAGACAUGUUUGGAUAGCCAGAAUUAUGUAUGUAAGUUACUUUCGAACAUACUAUAUUUGUUUGUCAUGGCUUUUGAAGGAGUCGGAUAGUUUCUCCUGAAGAUUCUGAAGACAGAAACCUUAUUUUAAUUUUUCAGUUAUUCAGUUUAUCAAUGGAAGUUUCUUUACCAUUUGUGUCUCUGGACAUGUCAUUCCAUUGUGUCAUAGUCGAUAAUCAAACAAACAAUGUAGAUCUAAUUAAGUUUGGAAGGGGGUUAAUGACAGUGUUUACACUUUGCUGAACAAAGGUCGCUGAUAAACGACACCAAAAAAACAAAAAAAUUCAUAAUGCGAAAGUGUUUGAUUGUUUCAUUAAUAUGAAAUUAAGAGACUAUUUUUCAAAAUUGACAGUCUCAUUUGCAUUGAUUAUCGCGUGAUAUUUUUUCAAAGUAAAAUAUGAGAUUUACUUGUUAUUUGAGCUAUUUUUUAUGAUAACUAUUUUCUCCUUUAUUUAAAUUCAAAUCUUUUACGUCGACAAAUAGUGCCGGUAUAAUGCAUUCAUGUAAUAGAAUCUGGAAUACUGUCACUUUCGAUUUUUUGUCAUAUAUCCUCAUCAAUAUCCACUCACACUAGGCAUUUAUCCAUAGAGCGGGCGGACAUGUGGUUUCUUUUAGUUAAAAAACAAUUAUUAUCGCAUUAUAUUGCUUAAUUAUGUCUCAGAUGCUAAUAUAAAAAAAACCAUUUUUUUCGACUUUUAAAAAAUCGCUGCCUAAUUUUUUGUCAACAAAUUUUUUAUUUGUAAAAUUAAUAAAUGAUACCUCAUUCGACGCAGUUUCAUGCGUUAAGUCCAAAUAUGCUAUUAAUUUUUAAUAAAAGUGUUUUUGAGUCUAGAAACAGUGAUUUUACUCCAAAAACCAAGGAUUUUUGGAAAACUCAUAUCAAAGUCUAGUAGAAAAACCGCAUUCAUAAUGAAUGCAGGACAUGACCACGGACAUGCUGAUAUAAUUUUGAAUCAGAUCCGAUCUGCGUUAACUUGCACGACCUCAUUACAUUCUAAGCAUCUAUACGGAACGAUAAUUAGUUCGGAAAUUAAUUUUUUUCUCCUAGAUUCUAGCAUCCAAGUGAAAAUUUUUUCAUUGAUAGAUAGCUAAGUGUAUGUGGAUUCAGAAUAGAUACUGUUUACAAAUAUAAUGUGCCUUAAAGAAAUAAAAACGUGUUUUUUCUCCGAGCUCACUAGUAUUUAGACUAUUUUUUGCUCACACAUGCUCAUCCUUUUGGAUAAUCAACUAGUUCAACAACCUAUUGGUUCAAAAUUCAAUGUUUACGCAAGUCGGCUAUUUUCCUUAACACAUACAGUAUGACAUUCUAAUUACACGCACGUUAAUCUUUCUUGGUAAUUGAGUUAGCCCAUUUAAUUUACCAGACGCUGAAAGUUGCCUCUGUAUAUUAUUUUUAUGGUUCAUAUUGUAUCUUUCGUUUAUCAAUUCUCAUGCGAUGUAUCCUUGGUCUAUUUUUCUACUGAUUUUUUACGUAAAAUUUAGUAUUAGUCUACAGCACAGUGGACCAUCUGUAUUUGUUCUUGAUCCACAUCAAAAUUUAACUCAUAUCAUUUACAACAGAUUGAAUCGACGUGGUUUGGGUGCACUGUUACAAGGUGUGAAAAUUGCUGGAAAGAGUGCUGGUAAAUCAGGUGGACUUAAAAAUAUAGUACGUAAAACUCCAACAAUGGGUUCGAAAUCAAAAUCUCGAGUUGGAUUAAGUCAAAAAUUGAAGGCACUUGGAAAAAAACAAGCAACAAAUAGAAAUAUUGGUGAAACAGCAAAGCAAAGAAAGUUGGAGGGAAAUAUUGAUUCUAGUGAGUACGGUUUAGAAACAUUUUCUCCAGAAAAAGAAGAAAGUGUAUUGAACAAGGAAAUGGGGGAAGAAAAUCCAAAAACAAAGCAGAGCAUCAUUAAAAGACUAAAAGCAUAUUAUGAACGGAAAAGUCUAGCUGCUGAACAAGCCGAUGCGAAUCCGAGCAAUUUAGAAAAAGGUUCAUAUAAAAUACAAUCAUUGGAGAAAUACUCCAUUGAAACAAGUGAAGGGAAUGGCUUUGUAGGCUUCGAUACGUAUGGCUUCGGCUCGUCUAUCCAGACCAGUGAUGAUGCUGGCAAAGAAUGCUCUCUGUUAAAUCAACAAAACGGUAUGGACCUCGUUCAAACAGUGAGCACAAGUACUGUGGGAUUAUUUAUUGCAAAUGAAUGUUUUUUACGUUCCUAUGAUCCUCUCUGUUGGACAUUACAUGAAAAAAGUUUAGAAACGAAAACAGCAAUCUGUGACAAUUUCAUUAUCAAUGGAGCGGAAGACAUCGGUAACAACAAACAAGAAAACACUUCAUGUAUUUUGAAGCAUUAUCAUAAUAUUGUAGGUGUUGGUUAUCAUUUACGAGAUGAUUUACCGUGUGAUUCAUGUAGAAGAAAAAGUAUUAUAACGCGUCAUUGUAGUCUAGAACAAAAAUUUAACGAUCAACUCGUUCCAGAUGGUAUGACCGUCUAUCCGUCAACGGAAUCAAAACAACAAUUAACAGUCUUAACCACUAAAAAAGAACAAAGUGAUUAUGUUAGUAGAAUGUCAUCGUCAUCAUUAACCAAAGAAGAAUCAUCAAGUUGGCAAACGGCUACAUCGGCCAACUUCAUUAUUGCCGGUGGAAAAACUACUACUAGUGGUUCAAGUUCAAGCUUACAAAUCAAUCAGGUGACACAAACUCAAUCAGCUAGUACGGAUAAAACUCAAUAUUUUAUGAAAAUUGUACUUGAAUCAACUAUUACCAGAUACAGUAUAUAUUUGGAUGAUCUUGAACCCUCAAUGUUGAAUCCAGAUUUUUUAGUUGAUUUUAUGUUGUUACCAGAAAACUAUUAUGCACCAAAAGCCAGUUCAAAAUAUCGAAGAUUUUUACAUUUGUAUGGUACCCAUUAUGUUAAACACGUAACACUUGGUGGAAGAGUUUAUUUGAUAUUUGAAAAGUCAGUUGAUUCAACAACAACGGUAGAAGAAAUACAGGAAAUGAGUCAAAAAGAAACGGCACAGGCUACUGGAUCUGGCAUGUUAUUUGGCGCAAAUGGAAGAUAUAAAGUAAUUGGAGCACAAGCGGAAACAGGUUUCAAAGAUGAACAAUCCAGUAAUGAGAUGAAAAAAGAAGAAGAAAGAAAUGCAAAGCAAAACACAUUCAAGCAAGGAACAACAACAGUAAUGGAUUUUGCUACUGGUGGGUGUCCAUAUAUGGUCGGAGAAAUGGUGACAGAAAUGCACGGUCAAGGAUAUGGAAAAGCAUUUUCAGAUUGGGAAAGAAGUACCAGUUUUGCACCACGACCAAUAAGUCGACGUCUAAUUCAAUUAGAUGAAAUGUUGGAUAUUGACGUUAGGAAAAUUUUUAUGGAAGCAAGUCAUGAGCUGAUAUGCGUUCAAACACGAUUUCGAAGUUGUUUAUAUGGUGAAACAAUGAAAUCAUUUCAAGAAAAGUUUAAUCGUCGACGACGUGCACUUAAACAGGCUAUUGAACAUGAACGGAAUAAACCAAUGUAUUCGUUUGCCGAUAAAUAUAUUGGAGGGCGAGAAGGUUACUUAUCAUUGGGCUUUUUUCCCAAAUGGGAUGACAUCAUGAAUGGAACUGAAUUAAUGGUACAAAUUAUUUUAAAGAAUGUAACAAAACCAUUCCUAUUAACUGGUGAGGAAAUAUUUUUCCGUUAUUACCAGGGAGCUUGGUUAUCACGAUCUGGCAAUGGUCUCUAUCGAACAAGAGACUCAUAUUAUUAUCCGAUUCAUGAACGCAAGAUUGUUCUUCGCGGUGUACGAUUCGAUUAUUCAGAAACAACUGGUCAUUUAACAUUUGCUGGUAUUCAUGGAUCAGGCACAAGUUCAAGUGAAUCUAAUGAAUUAAAUCAAUUAUGGUCAUUAUUUACAUUGGAUAACUCAACAUCAAUAGGACGAGUGCAGUAUUUAAAUCCAUUGGAUAUAAUGAAUAAUUAUCGACAUAUUGGCUAUUAUGUUAUGCCUCAUAAUGUACAAUGGAGUUCAAUGACUGAACAUGAACUAGGUUUAACGAAAGCAAGUCCAGUUUGUUUAAAGUUUACAGCAUCAUCCACGGGUACAAUAUUUGUCAUAAUAGCGGGUACAAUUAAAGAUCAAACGAGUUGGUAUACACUGCAGAUAUCAGCGUUUGGAGUCAUCUUAUAUCGGAGCGGACGAGUUAUUAAAUUCAAUAAAGAUUAUUUAUCUGGUUCAUUGGGAGAUCCAGAUUUAGUGCGUCGAUUUUUUUUCUGUUUAAAUUAUGAAAAACGUAUUCGUUUACCUAAUGGACAAAUGUUAACAUAUGAUUAUCAGUCAUUAUUAAACGGAAAUUUACAAAUUCAAGGUAUUACACCCGAUUUAAUUAAAGCUGAACUACAUGAUGUGGCACGGUUGUAUAAUUAUGAAAUUGUUUAUGAUUAUCCGUCAACACCAAAACCACUGACAACAAACAUAACUUCGGGAAUACUGGAUACAACAGAUCAAACCUCAGCAUCCAUUCAACAAGAUCAAAAUGUAAAGCAGACUGAAAAUAAUGAUGAAAGUGAUCAAGAUACAUUGUCUGAAACUGAUGAAACGAUAAAACGGAAAAAACGAGAAAACUUAUACAAUAAUAUUCAAUUUAUCAAGAAGAAAAAACGAAAUGAUGAACAAUAUGACACGAGUAUACAUCCAUCACUGGAAGGUGAUGCUAGUGGAAUAGACUCUAAUUUAUUACAAAUAAUUAAUUAUGAUAUACCAGAAGACUUUAAAGAACAUAAUAUAUCUGGUUUACACCAAGAUGCUAUGGCUUGGUCGGAUAUGUAUGAAAAGGAUUUUACAAAUGCUGAGAUAUUUCGUAUAGCCACUGAACGGAUUUUUGCACGAUUAAAUUAUGUACCGUCAUAUGGAGUCUAUUUACAAUAUGGUCAUUAUUUUGGUGAUGAAGCAAGAGUUUAUCUCCGUCAUUUUGAUGGUUUUCCACUGACUAUUCGAUAUUUUAAUUUUGGAAGCUGGGAUAAAUCUGUAUUAAUUCGUGAAUAUCAUGUUGAACACUUAUCAUCUCAUGAAGAAAUAGAACUUCGAUGUAAUUACAAUACUGACUGGCACAAACAAGAUUGGCUUAUUGAUUUUCAUCGAUGUCAAUACGAUUGUCAUCCAUAUUGUGUAGAUUAUUGUUCAUCAAUGAGUUGUAGACCAGAUAUUGAUGAAUGUUUAUUAGACGGUCAGACAUGUCAAGUGAAUACCGUUUGUCAUAAUAUGUUUGGAAGCUAUAAAUGUUUGUGUAAAGAUGGUUAUAUUGGUAAUACAAUAUUUUGUGAAGAUGUUAAUGAGUGCCUAUAUAAUUAUGCCGAGUGUCCUCUCGAUUCCAUAUGCGUUAAUACUGACGGUCAUUAUAUGUGUGUUUGUCAAGCAGGAUAUUAUUACUCGAAUGGACGAUGCAUUGAUUUUGAUGAAUGUGGUGAUCAUACUCAAAUUUGUGGUCCAGAACACACAUGUAUUAAUACAGACGGAAAAUAUCACUGUGUUUGUCCAAAGGGAUAUCGGAGUAACGGAUUAAAAUGUGUGCAAUCAACUUUUUGUCAAUUGUACCUUGGUGAAUGCGGUUUCAAUGAAUUAUGUGUUGAGCAUUCAAAUGGAACUAUAGGGUGUGAAUGUGCAAUUGGAUAUACUCACGAUGGAGAAAUGUGCAUAGAUGUUGACGAGUGUAAAUUCUUCAAUCCGUGUCAUACAAAAUUCGGUGUCUGUGUCAACGAUAUUGGUUCAUUCAUAUGUAAAUGUCAAGAAGGUUUUGUCGGUAAUGGAUUUUAUUGCGAUGAUGAAAAUGAAUGUUUAACAAAUCCUUGUUUUCCAAAUGCUAUCUGUGAAAAUACGUUGGGCUCAUAUGAAGUGACGAUUUAUUCCUGUAAAAAUGAUGGCACAUGUGGUGAUAAGGCAACAUGUAACGAAAUCUCAUCCACUGGGGAAGUACAAUGUCGUUGCCAUGAAUACUAUGUGGGUGAUGGUUUUCGUUGUUAUGAUAACACAUUUUGGGCUAAAGAUAAACCGUGUCAUUCUAUGGCUAAGAUUAUGCCGUCGGGUGGUUGUAAAUGUGAUCCUGGGUUUGAGGGUGAUGGAGUUAUAUGCAAUGAUAUCAAUGAAUGUUUACAAAAUCGCUAUAUUUGUGAGAAGACAUCUUCAACUAGUACAUUUGAUACUGUCACAGUUGUUAAUGGAACUUGCACAAAUACCAUUGGUAGUUUCAAAUGUGAUUGUAAUAAGGGCUACAAAGUCGUGAACAAUACAUGUGUAGAUAUUAAUGAGUGUGAUGAAACUGUCAAACCGUCAUGUUUUAAUAAUGAAACAUGUUGGAAUACCGUUGGUAGUUAUUAUUGCACAUGUCUAGAAGGAUACUAUGUACUCCAUAAUAAGUGUGAAGAUGUCAAUGAAUGUUUGAGUGAAUUUUCUUGUCCAUGGAAUACAACCUGUUUUAAUAUACCUGGUUCUUGGAGAUGUGGAUGUGGAACAGGUUUCAAACAAAUAAAUGGAUUAUGUUACGAUAUUGAUGAAUGUCAACAGUACGGUAUCAAUUCUGAUCAUAUUCUUCAUAUUCCCACACCGGAAGGUAGUAUGGCAUUACAAUCAAUAAAUAAUUGUUCAGUUUAUGCAACGUGCAAAAAUACGUACGGUUCUUACGUAUGUCACUGUAAUAGUGGAUUUUUUGGCGAUGGUAUCACGUGUCGAGAUGUCGAUGAGUGUUUUGAGGGUGUCUCCUGCGGUAUUGGAUCGUGCAUCAACACUAUUGGAAGUUGGUCAUGUGUCUGUCCUCACGGUUAUCGAUGGAGUUAUUCUGAAUGCAUUGAUGUUAAUGAGUGUAUCAACAUGAAUUUUGGCUAUUACAUUAGUCCAUGUUCCCAGUUUGCAGAUUGUUUGAAUAUGGUGGCAUCAUAUAAAUGCCAGUGUCGACAGGGAUACACAGGAAAUGGUGUGAUAUGUUAUGAAACUGGUUCAAAUGAUAUUAUUCAUGUUCCUAUGGAUGCUACACGAGCACAACAAUCAGUUUUUUUAACAACAGCCGUUACAAGCUUACAAAAUACUUCAAUAGCAUUGAAUAUGAAUCUUGAUGGAUCUUCUACUGACAAUGAGAAUCAAGAAUUAGAAGAAGAUUUUCUCUCAGAACAAGCCACUGAUACUCAAAGAAAACGAAGAUUAGACGAUUUAUAUGGGAGAAAAAAGAUUACCAAGAAAUCAACCAGAUUAAAUUACAGUACUUCUAUUUUUAAACAAAAAGAAUAUUUUUCAUUGGUUACCAUAGUACUUUGUAUUUCUCAAAAAUGUUUGCAUUUAGGAAAUUCUUAA